AUGUGGAAUGUUUUUGGAAGUGAAAGAUGGCAGCGAAUUUUGAAAUGUUCAAAGUAUGGUUGGUUGUCUGAUAGUGUCAUUCCUCUCUUUGAUGGGAAUGGGAGUAAGGCGCUGUGUGUUGAAAGUGUGCCGCUCAAUGGGAGAGAAACAAAAAAGAAGAAACAAUUGUUGAGCACAAUGGUUUUCGUCACUACUCGUUUGGGUGGAAGAAAAGCAGUAGAUACGUGCGAGCGUGCGUGGAGAAGGCGACGGAGCAGACUGGAUGAACCGCAAGCUGCAGCCUGCUGCCCUGAUCUCUACAACCAACUCGGACUGCGCGCAUACAAACAGCAGCAACACCACUCAACAAAAACUGUAUCGUAUCAGCGCAGUUUUCAACAACGACAGCUUCAUCCAAAGGAGAUUUCCUCGAUCGGUUCGAAGAAAGAGGCCACGGGUGAGAUCAGGCGCGACGGUUGCAGUCCUACACUUUCAUUUGGCAAUCAAAAACUGGAAAAAUUGUCACAACGACAACGACAUUCGAUUUUUACAAUUGCGAGGGCAAAGUUGAGUUCUUUUGUCAAUCGACUAAGUGUAAGUAGUGGAGCGGGAUGUGCAGCAACUCGGAUUCUAAUUAACACCAGCAAUAUUACUACUGCCAACAACAGUGACUUGUCAUCUGUCAUUUCAUCUCCUUUACAACAGAAUUCCCAGCAGAAAGCCAUUCAGACGGAUCCGCAUUCCGCUACUACCUUGUCAGUUGCGACAUCUGCAUUAUCAUCAGUACAGGCAAAUACUUCACUUCCGGCUGGCACGGUACUUUCAAAUCCUGACAUUUCUGAAUGUUGCUGCAAUACUGGUGGCGUACAAAACGAGCCACAGUUGAUAAAAUCUCCCAUUACAACAACAUUACUUUAUCAAUGCAAUGCUUCACCUAAUUCACAUGAUCAUGGCGAACAUCUACGCCACUUGCAUGAGCAGAAACCAGCAACCUCUUCAGCAUCCUUCAGCCUUUUCCAGCAAACCAAUUAUCCAGCGGCUGUUUAUCUGACCGAUGGUGAAAAUGGUUAUUUCGGCAUGGAGCGCCUGGUACCAAAGGAGGAGAAUGAGAGAUGGAUCCGAGCACCGCCAAAUUGCAACCCAUUCGAUAUGCGUGCAUCUUUCACGUGCUCCUCAUUAUCAGGUCGAGACCGAGUUACUCAGGCUACCUACGGGCGUAGUAGGCUUAAUACGGCAACUGGUAUCGAACGACCAAAUUCUGGUGGAGCAGCGAUGACUGUUCGAGAUAAUAGAUGUCGUGGUCGGAAGUUUACCGAACAACUUCGAAGCAAUGAUAGUUUGCUGACAGAUUGUCGACAGCAUGAAGAUGGUUGUUUUUCGCCACAUUUACGAUGGCUUUCAAUGAAAGAAUUUAAUGAGAACCGCCCGCAAUUUGACUCCCGUCCCGUGGUUUAUGUUCCAGUGUUUUGCGAAGCAGUAUGUGAUGCAAAUAUUCAUCGCGCCAUUCGUAUCAAGCCAUCAUCAUCGCCGCCAUCAUCUUCAUCAUCACUGUUACAUCAGACAUCUAACACUUUUACAACUACGUCUACAUUUGAAUCUGCUAAUAACACAGAUUCUGUUGCUAGUGGUUAUACAUCAAUUCCUGUGAAUUAUGGUACAGAUAUGGUGGAACAUCAAACGUCGAACACGAAAUUCGACAGUCCAGAAGAGGAGGAAGAGGUUGAGAAAUUAAAGGAUGAAAUUAUUAUGAGUUUCUCAUCUCAAAUAGUACUUCUUUUGUUUGUAUAG